CAACAACGCAAUUAAGAAAAAUACAGUCUAAUCUACCUCCAACAUUCAAUCUGAUUUUUCCUGUUUCAUAACAAUUUUUCAUUAAAUGUGCAAAAAUAGCUCUUUACAUGUAAUUCGCCCUCAGCUAGCAGCAUCUUGGACGGGAGCAAGACUUUUAGUGACAAUGAAGCUCAUUCUUCAUCGAAGCAUCAUCCUCCAUCCCAAUCCCAUCUCAGCUACAGCAAGAACGAAUCGCUCAUACAUAUCAUCAUCAAUCCAUCGUGAAGAAGCUGAAAAGAGGAAGAUAGAGUUGAGAGUAUGCACAAACAGGUCGUGCAGAAGACAGGGCUCUCUAGACUCCCUUCAAGUCCUUUCUGGAAUCGCGCCGCCGCAUGUCGCCGUCACCUCGUGCGGUUGCCUCGGAAAAUGCGGCACCGGACCAAAUCUCGUAGUCUUGCCCGGUGCCGUCUUUAUCAAGCACUGCCACACCCCUGCUCGGGCUGCCGAAACGAUGUCGUUCUUCUGCCUUGACCGGAAUUAUAAUGACAUUGAAAAUGAAUGUAGGAAGUGUUUGGAGGCACUAGAAUUGAGGAAGGCAGCCGAGGAUGAGAUGGCUAAGGGUGAUUUCUCCAAUGCCUAUCAUUUACUCUCUCAGGCUAUUGAUCUAAAACCAUUUGGUGGCAUCCAUAUCUCGUAUAGAAACAGGUCGGUUGCUAGGCUCGCAAUGGGAGACUCAGCAGAAGCACUUUUGGAUGCUAAUGAGGCUCUUAGUAUCGCUCCAAGUUAUUCAGAUGCUUACAUUUGCCAAGGUGAUGCUUUCAUGGCUAUGGACAAGAUUAAUGCUGCCAGGAAUUCCUAUUCAGUCGCUUUAGAUCUGGAUCCCUCCAUCCGUCAUUCCAAAUCAUAUAUGAUUCGGAUUGCUAAGCUCAAGGAGAUAUAUGCCUAAUGGGUGCAACAGACCGCUCCAACAUAGAUUGGUACUCUUUUGAAGUACGGAACGAUCGGAUCAGUAUAUAUAAGUGCUAGUGUGCUACUAAACAUCACAUUGUCUUCAAAAGGAUUGUUUACUACUGAUAGAGUAUUAAUUCUAGAGAGAAGUGAGAGCUAGAGAGAGAAAGUGAGUGAUUAUAUUUCUCAAAGUGGAAAGAAUCCCCCUAUAAUUAGCCCCUUGGGGUCUAUUUAUAGGUAAAAAUGUGGAUUUGGGCCCCUAGCCUUGGGCUUAGGAGGCCCAUUACAAUAACCAUGCCUUCUUUGGGCAAAUAAGGCCACUAAUGGGCUGAGUACAACACUUAGUAUAUAGAAUAGAAAAAUACAUUCUGUCCGGGCGAAGUUCGGACGAUGCGGUCCAUGGACGAUGCGGUCCAUGGACGAUGCGGUCCAUGGACGAUGCGGUUCAUGGAUGAUGCGGUCCAUGGACGAUGCGGUCCAUGGAUGAUGCGGUCCAUGGACGAUGCGGUCCAUGGACGACGCCGUCCAAAUAGAUCAGGCGAUAUCUUCUUUUUUGGACGCUACAUGCCUCUGGCCGAUGUGGGUGUCCUGCUGGUGUCUUUUUGGGCCAUUGAGUGUGUGGGCUCUGGGGUCCAUG